CGGUUCUCUGGAAAGCGGGGAGGGGGGGUGUCCCGGGGGUCCCCGCGCCCGCCGUAAGAUUUGGAAAAGAGGCGUCGGAGAAUCCGCUCGGCGUCGGUGUGCUCGAGCCUUCGUCCGCAGCUCCCCGGGGCGGCGCUGGGUUUUCUCGGCUUGCAGCUUCUAAAAGCCGCUCGGGCAAUUUGGAGCAGACGCACUGCGGGCUGAGGAAGUCUGGAAGGAAUUCGCCCCGCUGCUCUCCGGGGUUUCCUGCAGGGAAGCGGCCCCUUUAAGAACUCCCCCCCCCGCCGAGUGUUUGAAAAGCCGCUUUCCCUCUUGAGCCCGGGAGCUCUUCCGAUUGCCUUAGAUCCUGAGUCCUGGAGGGACUUUCAGCGCUUUGAUGUGUUCCUGUCAGCGAAUACAGUUCUCUGUCCUUUGUCUCCAUUUCCUUUCGCUGGUUCUUCUGGUAGACGGAGCUACCAGACUCUACUAUUUGGGGAUCCAUAAUGUAGAGUGGAACUACAUUCCAUUGGGAAAGAAUGUGAUCACCGGACAGAGCAUUAUGAAUGACUCUAUAGCCUCCAGUUUCCUCCAACCUGACAAGGAUAGAAUAGGUGGGAUUUACAGGAAAUCAAUCUAUAAGCAAUACUCUGAUUCUACGUACACGUUAGAGAUAUCCAAGCCUGCCUGGCUGGGAUUCCUUGGGCCCAUCAUACGAGGUGAAGUGGGAGACACCAUUACUGUGCACCUGAAAAAUUUUGCCAGCCGUCCAUUCACCAUUCACCCCCAUGGUGUCUUCUACACAAAGGAUUCAGAAGGGGCCCUUUAUCCUGAUAGGUCCUCUGAAGAUCAUAAGGCAGAUGAUGCUGUUCCACCAGGAGGAAACCAUACUUACACGUGGACGGUUCCUGAAGCCCAUGGCCCAACUGCUGAUGAUCCAGCCUGUUUAACAUGGAUCUAUCAUUCCCAUGUCAAUGCACCAAAAGAUAUUGCCAGUGGCUUAGUUGGGCCUUUGCUGAUAUGUAAACAAGGAACUCUGAAAAUGCUACCUUCAAAACGCAAUGAUGUGGACCUUGAUUUCUUCCUGAUGUUUAGUGUGGUAGAUGAGAAUGAAAGUUGGCACCUGGAUGAAAACAUUGCUUCCUUCUGCACGGAGCCAGACUCAGUUGACAAGGAAGAGGAACAGUUCAAAGAAAGCAACAGGAUGCAUGCCAUUAAUGGUUAUGUCUUUGGGAACCUCCCUGAGAUCACAGUAUGUGCCGGAGAUCGGGUCUCGUGGCAUCUCUUUGGGAUGGGCAGUGAGAUUGAUGUCCACACUGCCUUCUUCCAUGGACAGACACUGAUCAACCGAGGACACCGGACUGAUGUGGCCUCUCUUUUCCCAGCAACCUUCGUGGCAGCUGAAAUGGUUCCUCACAAUGUUGGGAAAUGGUUGCUGACCUGUGAGGUCUCUGACCACUUGCAAGCGGGAAUGGAAGCUCUCUAUGAAGUCAAGCGUUGCUCCUAUCAGGAUUCAGGAUCUUCCCUGAAAGGGAAACUACGGCAAUAUUACAUAGCAGCCAAAGAAGUGCGGUGGAAUUAUGGCCCUUCCGGAUUAGACCCAAAUACUGGGAAAAGCCUGCGUGAGCCAAACAGUUUCUCACAGCUGUUCUUUAAGCAAAAUGUCAGUCAACUUGGCGGAACAUACUGGAAAGCCAAAUACGUUGAAUAUACGGAUGGUACUUUUCUUGUGGAGAAAGAGCGGACGGAGGAAGAAAAGCACCUCGGGAUACUUGGUCCAGUGAUGAAAGCUGAAGUAGGCGACACUAUUCAAGUGACCUUUGCCAACAAAGCCUCGUUUCCUUUCAGCAUCCAGCCCCAUGGCGGCUUAUACAGGAAGAUGUGGGAAGAAGGCCCAUACCAGGACGGCCUACUCAACAAUGGAGUGUCCAUCAAGCCAUUUAGCAACUUCACCUAUAUCUGGGUGCUACCACCAGAUGUUGGCCCCACAGCCUCAGACCCUCCUUGCCUGACCUGGAUGUAUUCUUCUGAGGUGGAUCCCACAAGAGACACCAACUCUGGCUUAGUGGGGCCCUUACUCAUCUGUAGGCCUGGCACGCUCAAUGAGAGAAACAAGCAGAAAGGCAUUGAUAAAGAGUUUUACCUUUUGUUUGGUGUGUUUAAUGAAAACCUAAGCUGGUAUCUGAACACAAAUCGGAAGUAUCUGAAAUACACACGGGGAAAAGAAGAACUAUUUGAGGAUCACAUCUUCAAAGAGUCCAAUAGAAUGCAUGCCAUCAAUGGAUUCCUCUUUGGAAAUUUGCCUCUCCUGGAUACGUGCAAGGGAGAGACCAUUUCCUGGCACUUGCUCGGCCUCGGCAGUGAAACUGACAUUCAUGGGGUUGUUUUCCAAGGAAAUACCAUCUUGAUGAAUGGGAUGAGGCGAGAUACAACCAGUCUUUUCCCUCACACCUUCGCCACAGCCCUCAUGCAGCCUGAUAACCAAGGCACUUUUGGUGUUUACUGUCAGACAAGCAACCACUAUCAGAACGGAAUGAGAGGCAGUUACUCUGUUCGGCAGUGUGGGAAAAAGGCAUAUUUUCCAGACCAACAAUAUGGGACAGUGAGAACCUUUUACAUCAUGGCUGAGGAGGUGGAGUGGGACUAUGCUCCAGACCGCAGCUGGGAAUUAGAAAGGCACAACAACUCUGGAGAGGAAAGAUAUGGUGACAUAUUUCUCAACCAUGAGAAUGGACGACUGGGCUCCCAGUACAAGAAGGCCGUUUAUAGGGAAUACACAGAUGGGACAUUCAAGACCCCGAAGAACAGAACAGAUGCUGAGCAACACCUGGGGAUAUUAGGUCCCUUUAUUUGGGCAGAAGUGGGAGAUGUGCUGAACAUAGUUUUUAGGAACAAGGCCAUGCGGCCUUACUCCAUUCAUGCCCACGGAGUCCUGGAAAAGAACAAGGACUCCAAGACAGCACUGCCUGGAGAAAUUGUAACCUAUCAAUGGAAUGUUCCUGAAAGAUCUGGUCCAGGACCAAACGAUUCCGCCUGUUUGAGUUGGAUCUACUAUUCCACAGUCGAUCCUGUCAAGGAUUUGUACAGCGGCCUCAUUGGCCCCCUGAAAGUUUGUCGUAAAGGGACACUGGAUCCCAAUGGGAGAAGGAAAGGCGUUAACAAGGAAUUCGCCCUCCUCUUUUUGGUUUUUGAUGAAAAUCAAUCUUGGUACCUUGAGGAAAAUGUGAAGACUUAUAUCCAAGGUGAUUGGAACCAUUCCCACCAGCAGGACGAAGAAUUUAUGGAAAGCAACAAAAUGCAUGCAAUCAAUGGUAAAGUAUAUGCAAACUUGCCCGGAUUGGAGAUGUGCGAAGGAGACUGGGUGAACUGGUAUCUGUUGGGAAUGGGCCAGGAGAUUGACGUGCACACUGUUCACUUCCAUGCAGAGACCUUCAUUUACCGGAAUGGCAAGAGUUACCGGGCCGAUGUGGUGGAUCUCUUCCCUGGGACCUUCGAAAUGAUAGAGAUGCAGGUUGGCAAUCCUGGCACCUGGCUUCUUCACUGCCAUGUGGCUGACCAUAUCCAUGCUGGCAUGGAGACCCUUUUCACAAUCCUACCCCACCAAGAUGCAGAGCAUUGCAGAUACCAUGUAUUCAAAAUUACAGCAGAAACUUCUGAUGUGGUAAUUGGGGGUCAUUCUGGAGAAGAACAUGUGGAAGCUUCUGAAGAAAAAAUCUCCCAUGACAUCAUUUUGUUUGGCUCAAGGCUAAACCAUAGACAUUUAGAAGCAGCAAUUAUUACACUUGCUAUUGCUGGGGUUGUGCUCUUCAUCACUGCCAGUGUUCUUCUUGGUGUGAUCAUUCACCUCAAGAGACAAAAGAAGUUGAGACUCAACAAGCGAUCUAUAUUGGAUGAAAGCUUCAAACUGAUGCAUAGUCAGAAGCGUGACCUUUAGAGAACAGUAGAAGAACUCUUGGGAGCUUUUAAGCCAGGCAGUAGUGAAAAUGGCUCAGAAUAGGAUACAGCAAUCAUUCUAUGAAAAUUCAAUAAGAAAUGUUACUAGUAAGUCAUUCUGCUAAAAACUAUACAUUUUAGGGUUUCAAAUAUCCCAAGACUCAGAUGGAUUCCCAGAUUCUUAUACCCUUAUUCAUUGAAGAAUAGGACAGAACCUCAAGUAAAGCCACCCAGAAUCACCUCAGGUAAAAUUGGCGGUCAAUAAAUUUGAUAAAUAAGUAAAUAAAUUCAUACUGGAUGCUCAGUCAAGAACUUGGAAUCCCUCUGGUCAACAGUUUCCAUCAUCCCUAUCUGAUGUUACAACUUGAGAACUGAAUCUCUUGCAUUCCUUCAUUCUUGGGGCAAGUCACCAUUCUGUGAGAUUAGCCAAUUAGUUUCUACAUGUUGAACAUAACACCUGGCUGGGGAGAAGCAACAGGCACAGAGAUGGUUCUUCAAGAGGGCAGGGCAACAAGCAUUCCUGUCAAAACCUAUUUAUAUUUCAUUUCUGUCUAUCUCCUCUGAUCUAAACCCAAAUCUCACCUUCCCCUGGGUUCUGCCAUACUCCCAAGGGGGAGGGGGGAUAUGCCUGCGGGGUUAUUGCUUUCACUUCCUCUAUUCGGUACAAUGUAACUUUUUGUUUAUUGCCUCUGUGUCUGCUGCCCAUUACAAUGUAACAAAUUGCCUCCUGCACUAUACAUCUCUCUGAACUUUCUUCUCCAUAACCUGGCAGUUAGGAAAAUGGGAGGGGGGGGGAAUACAAAUCUCCGGAGCCUGGCUUAUUUCUCUGGUCUCAAAAGAAGGUGCAAAGAGCUGUUGAACAUCGUACUACAACCGGAGCUGGACCGAUGUUAUCUCCCCUUUCCCACAAUGGACUUAACACCUGGGGAUUGUCCGGUCUGAACCGACCGGAUGAACUGUGGGGUGGGGUUUGCUUAGGGACACUUUAAAGUAUCGAUCUGUAAAG